AUGGCUCCCGGAGCCACCUGGCUGACAAAAGUCAAGGUCCAGCUGAAGCUGGCCAUUGCGCGCCUGCGCAUGGUACAGCAGCGUGAUGAGCAGCUAGGAAAGACGCAACGACGCGCGAUGGCGCAACUGCUCGAAUCUGGCAAAGUCGACUCAGCCACGAUCCGCGUCGAGAACAUUAUCCGCUCCGACAUCAUCUCCGAGCUGCACGAGAUGAUAGAACUAUACUGCGAGCUGCUUCUCGCGCGAUCUGGGCUGAUGGAAGGCGCACAGGUUGACCCCGGUCUGGAAGAGGCCAUCCAGAGCCUCAUCUACGCGGCGCCCAAGACCGAGAUCAAAGAGCUCGCAACGGUGCGGCAGCUCCUCGCCGAAAAAUAUGGCAAGGAGUUUGUGCUUGCCGCAACGGACAAUGCAGAGGGCAAGGUCAACGAAAAGGUGGUCAAGAAGCUGAGCGUGGAGCCGCCACGCAAGGAGCUCGUACAGGGCUACCUGGAGGAGAUUGCGCGGGCCUACGGUGUUGACUGGCCGAAGCGCGAGAAGCCGUCGCCGCCACCAGAGUACGACGAUGACGACGACGACGAUGACGACCAGCCCAGGGGUGGACAGGCGCAAAAGGUCCUCGAGCAACCCAUCGGUGCGGCGGAGCAAAAGUCGCUGUCCGCGGGCGACGGCAAGGUGGUGACACCGGCGAGACGCCGGCUGGAAGACCCCGCAAGCCCGCUUACGGUGACGCCUCCGCGACCGACGACGGACAACGUGCAUCCCAAGGUCACGAUGGGGUCGGUCGAGCUGAAGCCGAGCGCGAGACGAGGCAGCUCGACGAAGAAGCACGAGCCGGACGGGUCUGUUCCGGAUAUUUCUGACCUGGAGCAGAGGUUUGCAGCGCUGAAGAAACGGUGA